GGCUGGGUUCACUCCCUGUUGGUUGUUUGGCCUGAGGCGACCCAAAACUGGAGCCUACACGGCUUUGGUGGAGCUAAUGGCAGACUCUGGGAGGGCUAACGCCAAGGAGUACUUCCCAGAACUUCUGCUGCCAGUGUCCUUGUCUCCCCCGCCUCUGCAGGAGACCCUCCAACACUAGCAGGUUGGGGGACUUCUCUGGUGGCGCAGUGGUUAAGAAUCCGCCUGCCAAUGCAGGGGACACGGGUUCGAGCCCUGGUCCGGGAAGAUCCCACAUGCCGCGGAGCAACUAAGCCUGUGCGCCACAACUACUGAGCCUGCGCUCUGGAGCCCGCGAGCCACAACUACUGAGCCUGCGUGCUGCAACUACUGAAGUCCAUGCACCUAGAGCAUGUGCUCUGCAAGAAGAGAAGCCACCGCACUGAGAGGCCUGUGCACUGCAACAAAGAGUAGCCCCUGCUCGCCGCAACUAGAGAAAGCCCGCACGCAGCAACGAAGACCCAACGCAGCCAAAAAUAAAUAAAUAAAUAAAUAAAACAAAACUCUACGUUGAGUUUGAAUCACUACAAAAUAAUCAAGAAAAGGCAGUUCCAGCACCAAAUGAUGGUAUGGUUAUGAAAUUAUCAUCAAAAAUCCUGUCCAGAAUUUACCAAAAUCCAAUUAAUUCAGAAGGAUUUGUGGAGAGAGGAUGAGGUUUGACAAGCAAUUUGGAGAUGAGGGUUCAUCUUGGAAGGAGCUGUCCAGCGGUGCAAAAUAUUGAACUAACGUAAACAUUUGCCUUUAAAGAUCUUUAUCUUCCUAAAGAACUCAGAAAGUUUCUCAAGGGCGGUUAGGGAGGUUUUCUGUGAGGUAGCAAGCCGGCACCAAUGCAGGCCAUAACUCACGUUGUUUCUCCAUCUGUCCCAGUAGGUGUAGACACGACAGAAGUUCUGGAGUAAUCUCUCUAGGCUUCCAUCCUAUUGGGGUGAGUUGGGGAGUCUGCCUGAAGUUAGUGAGGCCCAGUGGCCAUAAAGGAGGAAAGAGGUGUGGACUAUGCUUAAAAAAAAAAGAAAAAGUUAAUCACAGGCCCAUGUAAAGAAACAAAGAAUCAGACUGGGCCAGAUAACUGACAUCCAUGAAGAAGAAGAGUUUGGAAACGGACUUGGAGUUAGAAAGCAAAUGCUCAGUACAAAUGGGCAGGCCAUUGAUAGGAUUAGAGCGAAGUUAGUCCCUGAUGGGGACAGUUGGGAUUCUCCCAGUGAGCACGUUAUCCGUUCACAAUAGCACGAUGUAAAUACAGGUUAAAGUCUCCUUUCUGACGUAAAGAUUCAGAGGAUUAGAACAUGAGAAAGAAAACCGAGAGAAACACCACCUGGAAUUUUCUGUUACUUGCUGAGAUAUCACAGUGCAACCCUCAGCUGCCAUCAGAUGGUAAAACCAUAUUGGAUGUGCAAGAUUUCACUGCUUUUUGGGAUGAGAGCUUUUUAAGAGCAAGUAUUUGUCAAGUAAAGGAUACCUGGAUGCAAGAACAGCUGCAUUAAACAUCAGUCGUCACUGUUGAGUGCUGUGCUGGGGAACUGCCCCCGAGCUGGUCAGCGUGCACGGGAGGAUCGCGUAUGUUUCGCAGCAGCCCUGGUUGUUUUCAGGAACUGUGAGGAGUAAUAUUUUAUUUGGGAAAAAAUAUGAAAAAGAACGAUAUGAAAAAGUAAUAAAGACUUGUGCUUUGGAAAAGUCUGUUCCUGCAUGCCUCUAGACUCCAUGCUUUUCCACGGUGUCAUGCUGCCUCUCAAGUGAAGAAAUUUAAAAGAAGGAACUUUUUAAAAAGUGGGUGAUGGAUGAAGGAUUUAGAGGUUUUGGAGGAUGGAGACCUAACUGUGAUAGGAGACCGGGGAACCACGCUGAGUGGAGGGCAGAAAGCCCGGGUCAACCUCGCAAGAGCCGUGUAUCAGGAUGCAGACAUCUACCUCCUGGACGAUCCGCUCAGUGCAGUAGAUGCAGAAGUGAGCAGGCACUUGUUCGAACUGUGUAUUCACCAAGCCUUGCACGAGAAGAUCACAAUCCUAGUGACUCAUCAGUUGCAGUACCUAAAAGAUGCAAGUCAGAUUCUGGUAUUGAAAGAUGGCAAAACAGUGCAAAAGGGGACUAACGCUACAUUUCCGAAAUCUGGGGUAGAUUUUGAAGAUAUCCUUUUAAAGAAGGUGAACGAGCAGGCUGAAUACUCUCCAGUUCCAGGAACUCCCACUCUGAGGAAUCAGACCUCUGAGUCUUCAGUUUGGUCUCCGUCUUCCAGACCCUCGUUGCAAGAUGCCGCUCCAGAGGACCAAGAUACUGAGAAUAUACAGGUUACACUAGCACUGGAGAGCUAUUCGGAGGGAAGAGUUCACUUUAAGACCUACAUGAAUUACUUCACAGCCGGUGCUCACUGGCUUAUCAUCAUUUUCCUUAUUCUAGUAAACAUUGCAGCUCAGGCUGCCUACGUCCUUCAGGAUUGGUGGCUUUCAUACUGGGUGAAUGGACAGAGUACACUGUAUGCCAUGGUGUAUGGAAAAGGAAACCUAAUUGUGGUCCCUGAUCCUGACUGGCGCCCUGUGGAGGACGGCACAGCCGGCUCAGCCGGCUCAGCCCGGCAGCGGAACCUCAGCGCCCAGCCUCUGCUCAUUCAGGGUCCAGCUGGGGCUUGGUGUGAAGGGCCUCGGGAGGAAGUCACCUCUGACAGAGGAAGAAUUUUGAAUCGUUUCUCCAAAGACACUGGGCAUAUGGAUGACUUGCUGCCCCUGACAUUUCUUGAUUUCAUCCAGCCCGUCCCUCAGAGACGCGCGGGGCCAGCGGCCCUGGGUGACGAGGCGGGGAGGGCCCUGCGCCGGAGAGCACAGGGUGCAGACAUUUCUCCUUGUGAUGGUGUGAUGAUGCGCGCUGCAGGCGUGAUGGUGGCUGUGAUUCCUUGGACUGUGAUACCCCUGGUUCCCCUUGGCAUCAUUUUCUUUGUUCUUCGGCAAUAUUUCUUAGAGACGUCAGGAGAUGUCAAACGCCUGGAAUGUGCAACACGGAGCCUAGUGUUUUCCCACUUAGCAUAUUCUUUCCGGGGACUCUGGACCAUCCGGGCAAACAAUGCUGGACAGAAGUUUCAGGAAGUGUUCGACACACACCAGGACUUGCAUUCAGAGGCUUGGUUACUGCUUUUGACUACGUCCCCGUGGCUCACCGUGCGUCUGGAUGCCAUCUGUGCCAUCCUUGUCACUGUUGUUGCCUUUGUGUCCCUGAUUCUGGCAGAAACUUUGGAUGCUGGGCGGGUUGGCCUGGCUCUGUCUCUCGCCCUCACGCUCAUGGGGAUGAUCCAGUGGUGCAUCAGGCAAAGCGUCAAAGUUGAGAAUAUGAUGAUUUCAGUAGAAAGAGUGAUUGAAUAUACAGACCUUGAGAAAGAAGCACCCUGGAAAUACUUCUUUCAUCGUCCACCACCAGCCUGGCCCCAUGAAGGAAAGAUUUUCUUUCAAAAUAUUAACUUAAGGUACAGCGUGGAUGGGCCUCUGGUAUUAUACUGUAUCAGUUCACUGAUUAUGAUUAAGGAAAGCGUUGGCAUUGUGGGAAGAACAGGAGCUGGAAAAAGUUCCCUCAUCGCUGCUUUUAGACUGUUAGAACCUGAAGGUGAAAUUUCCAUCGACGGGAUCUUGACAACCAUAAUCGGAUUUCACCAUUUAAGGAAGAAAAUGUCAGUUGUACCUCAGGAACCGGUUUUAUUCACUGGAACAAUGAGGAGAAAUCUGGAUCCCUUUAAUGAGCAUACGGAUGAGGAACUGUGGAAUGCCUUAGAAGAGGUACAAUUUAAAGAAGCCAUCAAAGGUGUUCCUGGUAAAAUGGAUACUGAAUUAGCAGAAUCAGGAUCGAACUUCAGUGCUGGACAGAGACAACUGGUGUGUCUCGCUAGGGCUAUUCUCAGGAAAAAUCAGAUAUUGAUUAUUGACAAAGCCACAUCAAAUGUGGACCCAAGAACUGAUGAGUUAAUACAAAAAAUCCAUGAGAAAUUUGUUCAGUGCACUGUGCUAACCAUCACAAACAGACUGACCACCAUUAUUGACAGGAUAAUGGUUUUGGAUUCAGGGAGACUGGAAGGAUACGAUAAGCCAUAUGAUUUGCUGCAAGAUAGAGAUGGCCUAUUUUACAAGAUGGUGCAACAACUGGGCAAGCACGAGGCUGCUGCCCUCAUUGAAACAGUAGAACAGGUGCACUUCAAAAUGAAAUAGCCAGAUAUUACUCACAGUGCCCAUCUGGUUAUGAACGCUUCCAAUGGACAGCCCUCAGCCUUAACAAUUUUUGAGUCAGCACCGUGAUUCUACCAUGAGGUCAAGUCUAUUCCGAAGGCAUUUCUCCAAUAGUUUUUGCACUGCAUAAGCUAUAUUGUAUUUUCUUUACAACAGCAACAAAUAUUUACACAUACAAGAUGUUCGUUUAUUUGGAUUAUUUUCUCCAACUUCACCCAACGAUUCUAAGUUCUUACAAAAGGAUUAUUUUUAUGUUAUACUAUUUUUUUCUUAUCCAAAUCAGAUGUACAGGCCACCAAUAAAAGCUGUCUCUCAGUUUUUGUGCCUUGAGAGACUCCAGAGACAAAGCACAUUUUCUAAGGUGCAAGACAAAGUUGUCACAGAUGUUUCUUACUGUUCCCCAAAUUAUAUACCCCUGUCCAAUUAUAUCAGGGAUUCUAUUUAGUUGAAGUGUGUGAAGUUGCCAUUUUGUCUCACCACUUCCUUUAAGAGAACUGGGUUCCAUACCCAAAGACCUCUGGUUAAAAUAGUAAGAGAAAACUAAUAGGAAAAACAAAAAAUAUACCUUAGUUUAAGUGACAUUAUAUGAGAGAGAGGCAUCCCCUCUCCAGAAAAAAAAAAUAUAGGGUUAAAAUACAGAAGGACAGUAUUAUAUGUUCUAAAAGAGAAGGGAGAGAAAAUAUACUUUUUCAAAAUAGGAGCCCUUCUAGGGGAUUUCAUAGUGAAGGACAGAUGUGUGAUCGAUUGUCUUUUAGACUGAAGAUCUUAUUUUUUAAUUUUUUUUAUUGUGGUAAAAUAUAUAUAACAUAAAAUUUGCCAUAUAACCAUUUUUAAACAUACAAUUCAAUGUCAUUAAUCACAUUUACAGUGUUGU